CUUUUUUAUCUAUAUCUGUACAUUCAUUCUGCCAUUCUAUAAAAAUAAUAACCAAAAUGGACGUAUUUUAUGUGAGAAAGAAUAAAUAAUUAAAAAGAUACGCAAGAAGGUAAACCGGCGGCGGUGAAAUGUACAACGGUAUCGGUCUUACGACGCCAAGGGGCUCCGGCACUAAUGGCUACGUGCAGAGAAACUGGGCAACUGUACGAAAAACCAAAGAUUCAGUAAAUUAUCGCACUGAAGAAGAGAUAUCGAAGUUAGAUGCCGCAUCAAAUAAACAGCCGAAUCAGGAGAUUCUUGACCAUGAAAGAAAAAGAAAAAUCGAAGUGAAAUGUGCUGAACUUGAAGACAGUUUAGAAGAGCAAGGGUUGCCGAAGGAGGAGAUAGCGGCGCGGGUGGCUGCCUUCCGGGCGAAACUUGCGGAUACCGGCGGCGGCGACAAGGACGUGCCCAGGGACGAGUUCGGCAGAGUAGCCGUCCGUGAAACGCACGCGGUGGCUGAGGCUCAGCAGGAGAAGAACGCGCGGUUGCGGGACGCGUUCGGCAUCUCGCCGCGCUUCGUGGAGGGCACCAGUCUGGACGCCGAGCGGCGCGCGCGCGACCUGGCCGCGCGGUACCCGCUCGUGCGCACGCCCAGCCACGAGCGCGACACAGACACACACACCAUCAAGAAGAAAAAGAAACGAAGCUCGUCGCCAGAUGCCAAGAAACUGAAGAAAAAGAAAUCCAAGAAGAAUAAGAAAGAAAAACAAGAGUCGAGCAAGAAGAAGAAGAAGCGUUCCAAGUCUCCAAACACGGACAGUUCGAGCAGCUCUGACGCACAGGACAGUGACUCCAGCUCCGAAGAUGAAAGACACAAGAAAAAAAAGAAGAAAAAAUCAAGCAGUAGGCGUCGAGCCAGCAGCGAGCCUUCCAGCCGGGAGAGUUCGCCUGUCAAACGUGAUAAAGAAAGACAACGAGACCGUACUAGUGAAACAAGAAAUAAUGACAUUGAAUACAGAAAGAAGGACCGUGAUGACAAGGCAAAAAAAUACGAUAGACGUGAAGAAUCAGUCCGCAACUCGCGACAAAGUGAUUCCAACUCGAGGAGGCGAGACGAGCGCAGCACGUCUAGAGAUCGGGACACCUCGCCCGAAUACAGGCGUAAAUCACAGAUCACCAAGAUAGACAAUAAAAGAGGUACUUCCAAAGAUGAUUUCGAAAGACCCAAAACGAAACGUUCAAGGCGUAAUCAGCACUCCUCGGGUGAAUCUGAAGAAGAAUCUCCACCGAAAAAGACUAGCAAACGAGACAAUAAGCAUCACCAAAAUAGUAUAUCUCCUCCACCAGAAAAGAAACGGCGCAAGAGUCCUUCGCCGGACUCCAGAAGAAGAGAAGAAUAUUACAGAAAAGAAAUGGACCGAGAAAGCAGCCGGAAUCACAGGGAUUCCUCUCGAGAAAAUCGAAGGGUUCCACGAAGAAGUGACUCUCCAGUACACAGAAAGAAAAAACAAGAUGAAUCAUACGACAGGAAGGAAAAGGAUGACAAAUAUGAAAUGAAAAUUAAGAAUAAUUAUGGACGCUAUGAAGAAGAACUGCCUAGACGUAGGAACUCGGAAAAUGAUGAUGAUCAUAGACGUAAGAAGAACAGAAGUCCUUCCAGAAAUCGACGCGAUACCUCACCUGAGACCCGUGAGAGGUCCCCGGUUAAAAAAAGUUACAAAAAUAGGGAAUCACGCAAAGACUUUGAUAGAAGUCAUAAAAACUCACGGUCUGAAAGAAAAUCAUCGUCAUCUGAUUCUGAACUUGAACCACCCCCAAAAAAGGCAUCAGAAAAAGAAUCUAAAAAUAAAAAUAGGUACUACAAAGAUAGCAGUUCAUCUCCGUCUAAAAGAGAGCGACGAAGAAGUCCAUCGCCAGAAUAUAGAAGAAAAGAUUCAUCUCCUAGAAACAAAGUGGAUAAGUACAAGUAUAGUGCAAAGUCGCAUGAAAAGAAAGGUGAAAAUAAUCGAUCACGGAAAAAGUCACCGACACCUGAAGUAAGACAUAGACGGAGAAAUUCUACCAGUAAGUCAAGGUCGCCAAGUCCUGAACGUAAGAGUUCAAAACAAGAAAAACGUAAGAACGACCUGCAGAGAACCAAGAAAUCUGAAAAACGUUCCGUUUCUCCCAAAGACAAACAUGUAAGUGAGCGAGGUCGCAAGGAGUCUCGCCGAGAGCGCUCCAAGUCGCACUCAAACCGCAAAAGCAGAAGUUCGUCCAGUCUUAGUUAUUCACCGGCUCGUCGGAGUCCAGAACGCUACCGCGACAUUAUAGAGAAGUUGCCAGAAAAAGACAAACGCAAAUAUAUCACAUCGCCGUCGGAUUUACAACCCAAGAAAAAAAAGAAGGAAAUCGAAAACUACAAACCGAAAGCAGUUUGCAUGAGGAGUUCGUCUAGCGAGAACGACGAAACCGAGGACGACUUUUUAAAAUUAGAUGAGAUCGCACAUCAGGAUGAACUGAUGGACAUUAAAGAAUUAAAAAAGUUAAAAGAAAAGUUGGCUCAGGUGGCUAAAGCAUCCAUGGAGCGAAAGAGAACGGAAGAAGUCAACGGUCCGUCGACCUCUCAGACUAAUCGGGAAGAUUCGAAACCGAAAGAAAAUGAUAAACCUAAAAAAACCCCGGUCGAAACUGAAAAAGAAAAGGCAACAACUCCCCAAGGAAACGAACGAAAAAAGAGUCCCGUUAAAGUAGAAAGCCCGAGAAAAGAAAAAAGUCCAGUUCGUGUAGACAGCUCUCCGGAGGUGAAGAAGCGCGGCCGCAGCGGGUCGCGGCGCAGCUACUCGCGCUCGUCGUCGCGGCGCUCGCGCUCGCGGUCUCGAUCGCGCUCGCGUGGCAAGUCCUCGCGCUCGCGGUCUCGGUCGCGGUCCCGGUCACGCUCCUCCCGUUCCAGGUCACGAUCAUAUUCUUCAUCCAGGCGCUCCCGCUCGAGUCGUUCCAGCUCGUAUAGCAGCAGAAGUUCGUCCCGAUCUUCACGCAGCUCUUCUCGUUCAACGCGUUCCUCACGAACAAUGACGGGCGUGUACGACGAUUACCGUAGAUCGAGCGAGACGCGCGCACGCACGCGCUCCCGCUCGCCAUCCAUUCCGCGCCGUGCGGGCUCGCCCAGUUUCUUGGAUAGGAGACGCAUCACGAGAAAAAGAUCACGCUAAAAUAGCACGAGUUCUGAAGACACGAGUUGUAGCUCCGUUAGUGAAGUGAUUGUGCUAGAUAUAUGGUAGUCUAAGUUAUAUGUAUUGUACUGAUAUUGCCAAUAUAAGUUUCACUUUUUCUAAUAUAUCGCUGAUAAUUUUCCAAACAGUUUUUCUCAUUACUACAUUAUGUAUUCACCAUUAACACGGGAGUAGUAGAGACUGACGUUCUUAUUGAAAUUGUGUAAUUUUACCAUAUGGUUUCCAGCACCUUUAUCCAGAUAGUGAUUGGCUGUGAGGUUUCAUAAUUUUAACAAAGUUGUCCCCAUCUUUCAGUCUCUGGGUUUGUAUUAGACAUUUCAACUGGGGUAAUAAUGAUAUAUCUCAUGUGCUAUGGCGUUUAUAAUUAUGGUUGCUUUAACGGGGGUGUGCUACUAAAAUAUUUCUUUUAAACUUCGUUUUCUUUGAGAUAAUCAGGUCAUUAGUUUUACAAUUAUUAACUAUUUCUUUAUAUACUUAUCAAAAGUUAAUUGCCAUCAAAUUUUAAUCCAAGUACGAAAUGAUGUUGUAUUUAAGUUCAAACUUAUGACCUGUAGUGAAUAUUUCAUUGUAUAAUUUAAAUACUAUGAAUUAAUGAAUAUUUUUUCUUCCGUAGCGCACCCAUAAUAGACCUAAAUAGAGGGCCAAACAAAUUCAAGUAUAAACAAAGAAGAUAAAUGAAUUAUUGCCAAUUAUUUUAAGGAUUCUUAGUAAUGGACGCCAGAUGUAUUGUGCUAUAUUGAAAGAGUAUCUUUUCCAGCGUGUUUUCUGUUAAUAAAAUAUUGUGUUUUGAUUAAAGUAUAUUGUGAAACUUUA